GAAGAUCCUGUGGGUCUAUGAUGGCGUCACCCGGAGCGUGAGUUGUUCCACGAGGAUAUUGAAGACAAUGGCUAAGAACAAACUAAGAGGGCAGGAGUCCAGGAAUGUAUUUCAUAUAGCCAGCCAAAAAAACUUUAAGUCUAAAAACAAAGCAAAACCAGUUACCACUAACCUUAAGAAGAUUUCCUCAGCAGGUCAUGAAAACGAACCAGUUAAUGUUGAUGAAGCGACAAGAUUAAGGCUCAGUUGUAAUACACUGGAGAUACAUCAAAUACCCCAAAAAGACCAAUAA